CGUUCUAGUACAUCCAUUAUGCCCAGUACGAGGUCUCAGUCCCAGAUCCAGAAGACUAUAAACUUUCCAAAGCGAAAAUCAGUCAGGACACUUCAGAAAUCAUUAGAGAAAAAGAAGGGUUCCCAUCUAGAUUCAGCAACAUUGUCAGUCUCUUUGGCACCUUCUCCAAAGCAGGUCUUGCCUCUCAGUCCCCGCAAACGCCUAGGUGAUGACAAUCUUUGCAAUGUUGCCCACUCGUUACUUUGUACCCCAACUAAGCAGAGUAAAAAAGAAAACAGCCUUCCAGCAACCUCCCCCAGGGCCCGGACUUUACUCUUCAGUGAACAUUCAGGCUCCAGGACUCCCACCAAGUGCAGCAAUUUGAUUCAAUCUCCUAUACAGAGGAGUCAAGAAACACCCACUACUAUGAAGUACUACUCUCUUAAAAAAGAGCGAGUAAAAAUGCAGCUGUUUAAGCCAGAAGGUACCUGUUAUCAGCAGGCAAAAAGUCUUCUUCACACAGCUGUUCCAGACCGAUUGCUUGCAAGGGAAAAAGAAACAGGUAUUCUGCAACAAUUUCUCCUGGAACACGUCUGCAGAAAGAAGCCCGGAAGCCUUUAUAUAUCUGGAGCCCCUGGCACUGGGAAAACUGCUUGCCUCAACAGAGCCUUGCUGGAUUUGAAGACAGAACUCACUGGGAUUCAGAUCACAGUCUUAAAUUGCAUGGCCUUAAAGAGCUCCCAAGCUGUCUUCCCGGCAAUUGCCGAACAGUUGGGCCUGGCUGGAGCUGCCAAAGCGGCCAAAGGUGAUGUCAUCAGAAAGCUGGAGAAAUGGUUGACAUCAGAAAGUGCAUCGAUGGCUUUGGUUGUAUUAGAUGAGAUGGAUCAGUUGGAUAGCAAAGGACAAGAUGUUCUCUAUACAGUAUUUGAGUGGCCUUCCCUUCCCAACUCUCGGCUCGUUCUCAUUGGUAUAGCUAAUGCUCUGGAUCUCACUGAUCGCAUCCUGCCUCGCCUGCAGACCCGACCUUUGUGCAGGCCACAGCUACUAAACUUUUCCCCAUACAGCAAAGAUCAGCUGGCUUCUAUUCUGCAGGAACGUUUGAAGAAGGUGUCAGGGGAGCAGGUGUUGGACAAUGCCGCUAUCCAGUUCUGUGCUAGAAAAGUCUCUGCCUUCUCUGGGGAUGCCCGCAAAGCACUGGACAUCUGCAGGAGGGCCAUUGAAAUUGUGGAGUCAGAUGUGAAGACCCAAUCUAUAUUUAAACAAAUGCCUGCUUCUGAUUCCAGCCCUAUGACAUCAAUCAAAUCUCAUUCGAAAGCAGCUGCAGACUCUGAAGUACUCAAGCGACGAGUGGGCCUGUGUCACAUCUCCCAAGUGAUCUCUGACGUGUAUGGUGACCGGAUGGCAACUGGUAGCAGUUACGGUGAUGCUUCUUCCUUCCCACUGCAACAGAAGAUUUUAGUCUGUUCUCUGUUGCUCUUAACCAAGCAAAAGAAUACCAAAGAAGUUAACCUAGGAAAGCUGCAUGAAGCCUACAGCAGAAUUUGUCAGAAACAGAAAGUUGGACCUGUUGACCAAUCGGAAUGCCUCUCACUCUCAGCUCUUUUGGAAUCUAGGGGCAUUGUAGGACUCAAAAAGGCGAAAGAAGCACGGCUGUCUAAGGUCUUUCUGAAAAUAGAAGAGAAGGAUGUGGAGCAUGCCCUCAAGGAUGGAGUCUUGGUUGGAAGCAUUUUGGCUGGGGGCCUUUAAAACUGUUGCUUUGUUCACUUGUACAACAUGUUGCCUCAUACGUCUAUUAACUUUAGGAAUGGACUUCAUCAAGACAUAUAGGGGUGCAAUGUUCGGAAUAUUUGGAUCAUUGGGUUUAUUUUAAACAAUAUCAGUGUUAUAAAAAUUGCCCUACUUUCAAGGUUUUAAAAACUUUUUACCCUUUGACUCUUACCUAUCACUUUUAAUUCUCAUUUGGAGAUUUCUUUUUGAAUACUAGAAAUACUUCUCCCUCUUUCCUAGCCACAGGGCAGUCAACCUUUCCUCUGCUGCCCCUUCCCUCUACAAAUAUGGAACUGCCAAUGUGAUAUUUGCCUCCAUGAUUAAAAGCAGAGAUGAGAAAGGAUGAAAGAUGUCAAUAAGAGCCCAUUUGCAGACACAGCCAUUAAUGUUGCCAUAGAAAAUAAGAAAUACAGUAGCUUGAGUUCUUUUGAAGUUGGACUAUGUCAUUGAUACUGAGGCUUAGCCCUGUACAUACAGGCACAAACACCACUGAGGGCCCUUGAACAUCUUAACAUUUGUGGCUACAAUCUUAGCACCAAAAUUAAUUUUAGACCUGGAGCAGAGUCAUUUUUAUUUCUGAGCCAUUUCUUUUGAAAAAUUGAAUUAAUUGAAUAGCUUGAUGGUUUUAUACGAUUCUAAUUUUUUU